UCCGCACUAAGCGUCGCCAGCUCCCCAGAGCGUCCUGCUCCUUUAAACGCCGCCUGAGCGCCUUCUAAUCCCCGCCGAAGGGGGGAAGGUCAGCGCCGACGGGGAGCGGAGCGCCCGCCGCCUUGGGGUGGGGCGAGCGCAGGUUGGCGCGCUGGCUAAAGGUCGCCCUGGGCUGCUCCCUUUCCAGAUCCGCUUUCGGAAACUUUCACGCGCAGGGCGGAUGUUCAGCUGGGCGGCGGCGGCGGCGGCAGCGGCAGCAACAGCUCUUCUCCAGGCAAGCGCUGCCCAACUUGCGCACCGGAGCACUUUGCGCGUGGGCUCCGCGCAGCAUUCCCCGCCGCACCCGACAUCUAGGCAGUCCGCGUGGACUUGCCCCCGCCCACCUUCCUCCUAUUAAUUCGCAUUACUAAAUUCCACCAGAUCCGCUCCGGUCUCAGUCCCGGAUCGAGCGCCUAGUUUUCGGCCGAGAGUAGCUGGUGCUCGGCGCUGGCAGGUCCAGCGACAUCGCCCUUUCGACUUGAACCUCGCGGGCAGGAUCAUGCGGACGCGCCCCUGCUGGACGCUGCGCGCGGGGCUGCUGCUGCUCCUGGCCGCGCCGGAGGCGGAGGGCGGCUGCGCGGCGCUGGGGCGCUGCUGCGCGGGCCGGAGCAUGGCGUGCGCGAGCACCGGCUGGAGGGCGGACGGGUCCCACGGGCCCUGCUACUGCGACCAGGCGUGCCCUUACACCUUGGACUGCUGCCAGGACUACCGGCAGGUGUGCCCAGUGGUCUCCUGCGUGGUCUCUGAGUGGAGCGAAUGGAGCAGCUGUGCGGAGACUUGCAAGGCAGCGUACCGUGUGAGGAGGAGGCGCAUCAUCCGGGAGCCGAGAAAUGGCGGCGAAGCCUGCCCUCCUCUCGAGGACAAGGCUGGCUGUUUUGAGUAUUGGACUCAGCAAGGAACAGAGUGCAAGCAGCCCUUCAUCCCAGCAUUAAUAACCACUGGAGGCUAUGGGAAAGCGAGGAGAAAGCGAGCUGUGUCCAUUGAGAAUGAAAGAGCCGGGUACUGUGUCGAAUUUCAGCUCAUGGCCAUCACAGAAGGAUGUCUGCGUGGGAACAGCUCUUACACUCAUUGGAUGAAAUAUCUCAGCGAAGGACAUCUGGUGUGUGUUGAGUGCCAGCACCCAGCUUUGGAUUCCAGGAACCUGCACUGCUCAGGGGAUGGCAGCGGAGCCAAAAAGAACCAGCUACUGCACUGGCAGGCCGUAGGAAACCCAAGAUGCAGAGGGACCUGGAAGCGAGUUCGCCAGCUGCACACUUGCUCCUGCCCUUCUGUCCACAGCUUCUUGUUCAUCUGACUUUCACGUAGUUGUCCCUCUGCCUUGAGUCUGCAUCUCCUCCUUGGUUCUCCUGAAUUCAGCUGUGAAACAGCCACAGUUGCGAUGCCAACAGAUAUAUUCUAAGAUCAAGGGUACUUGCUGCUUUAAGGAACUGUCACUUGGUGACACAGGACAUUCUCCUUGAGACUCAAGCUGAAGUUAUUGGCAUGUUAAAGAAGCAGGUAAUCUGUGCAGGAGAGACCUGGGAGAGUCAGGUUUGAGGCUGGCAGGCCAACAAGACCAUGCUGACAAGUGAGUAGUAGAGAUCAAAACCUAGGGAGAACCCUUGGAUUGGACCAUAGACCCAUCUUGUCUAGCCUUCUGUUCUCACAGUGGCCAACCAGAUGCCUGGGAGAUGAGUGAGCUCAUCCCAAACUCGGGUUGAUUCUGAAAUGUGCUGAGUCAUCAGUUUUUUUGAUUUGGAGAUAAUGUCAUGUCACUUGGUCAGCCCCCUAAACCUCCAUCCCCUUCUACACUGUCUGGGUUUGCUGCAGUGAUGCUCCAGAACAAACGAGGCACUGUAAGAGGAAAUCUGAUCCUCUCCAUCUUUCUUCUUCCCCUGUUCUCCAGCAUCGUUUUAUUGGUAUGCUGCCUUUCCGUAGUUAAAACUAUGCUCAACCCAAGCCCAUUAUGAUCACAGGGAGUAGAAAAACCCCAUUGGCCUUUGGGAAACGUAUUGGCCAGGCUAUAAGCUGGGGAUUCUGCUGUGUGGGUUGCAUCCAAGCCAGAAGAGAAUUUAGGGGCUUGUAAUGUCCACCACUCCUUUGACUCAGGUUUUUACAAGCCCCUGAAACUCAGGCCUGAAAGUGGAGCACCUUGGUCAGGGCUGGGUAGAUUCUGCAUGUGUAGGAGGAAGGGGUUGAAUGUGUGAUACUGAGCAGAGAACUCUGCUUCCUAUGAGUGUUGGGGACUCUCAGGAACAUAGGAAACUGCCCAUUUGCCUAUCUAGCUCAGAAUUGUCUGCACUGACUGGCAGCCCAACCUGGAGAUGCUGGGAAUUGAACUAAUCCAAAAUGCGGCAGCUAGAUUGGUGGUUGGGAGUAGUCGCUGAGACCAUUUAACCAGGCCUUUGGUUGAUUUGAUUGACAUCCUGUGCCCUUUUAAAAUGUGGUUUUUUUUUGGGGGGGGCAGUGCGGUUAUUGGGUUGUUGUUUUUACUUUGAUUAUGUAUUUUGUGGUUUUAUAUUUUGCUUUUCUUCUGUGAACUGCUCUGGGACUAUAGGGCGGUAUAUAAAUUCAAUAACUAAUAAUAAUAAUAAUUAUAUAACACCAAUCCUAAAGGAUCUUCACUGGCUCCCAGUACGUUUCCAAGCACAAUUCAAAGUGUUGGUGCUGACCUUAAAACCCUCAACAGCCUCGGACCAGUAUACCUGAAGGAGUGUCUCCACCCCCAUCAUUCUGCCUGGACGCUGAGGUCCAGCGCCGAGGGCCUUCUGGCGGUUCCCUCCCUGUGAGAAGUAAGGUUACAGGGAACCAGGCAGAGGGUCUUCUCGGCAGUGGCGCCCGCCCUGUAGAACGCCCUCCCUUCAGAUGUCAAAGAGAUAAAGAAUUACACAACUUUUAGAAAACAUCUGAAGGCAGUCCUGUUCAGGGAAGUUUUUAAUGUCUUACAUUUUAUUAUUUCUUAUCUUUUGCUGGAAGCAGCCCAGAGUGGCUAAGGAAACCCAACCAGAUGGGCAGGGUUUAAACAAUAAAAUUAUUAUUAUUAUUAUUAUUGUUGUUGUUGUUGUUGUU